AUACAAGAAAUCAUCACAAGGAAUCUCCAAAGGCAAGAAUAUAUAAAAAGAUAUAAGAAAAAUACAGUAAAAAACAAAAAGGAAUUCACUGUAUGUAUAGUGCUGUGGAGUGGAGAGGAAAAGGAAAUUGUUAAUGAAUUGUAAUGUGAUUGUUAAUUGUUAUGACAUGAUGACGACGAUGAGACCCAUUCACAAAGUCGUAUCCUUUCAUCACCGUUUCUCUCUGCUCGCCUCUCUCUGUCCCCUUCUCCCUCACUCCUUCAAACCCAUUCUCUCUUCCUCCCGCAAACCCCUUCCAUCAAUCCGCCCUCUUUCCGGAAUCUCUGCCAUGCCCGCCUCCUCCAGAUCUCCUCAUCUUCUCCCGCUCACUGCCGUCGGAAACGAGGACGGCGGUGGACCUUCCGCCGCUAACGGCGCCGCUGCUUCAACUGAUCCUUCUGCUCCUUGUUACGAUGAUGAUGAAGCAUUAGGGAACAAGUAUCACCUUCCUCCGCCUGAGAUUCGAGAUAUUGUAGAUGCUCCACCUCUUCCAGUGCUAUCAUUCUCUCCGCAGAGGGAUAAAAUACUAUUCCUCAAGCGGAGAUCAUUACAACCUUUGGCAGACUUAGCAAGGCCAGAGGUGAAACUUGCUGGUAUCCGUAUUGAUGGGAAAUCUAAUUCACGGAGUCGUAUGUCAUUCUAUACUGGUAUAGGGAUCCAUCAGUUACUGGAGGAUGGUACCUUAGGCCCUGAAAAGUUGAUUCAUGGUCUACCUGACGAGGCUAAAAUUAAUUUUGUUACAUGGUCAAAGAAUGGUCAACUUUUAGCCUUCAGUGUCCGAGUUGAGGAGGAGGAGAAUAGCACUAGUAAGUUGAGUGUAUGGGUUGCUGAUGUGGAAACAGGAACUGCUAGACCACUGUUCCAGUCUAAAGAUGUGUACCUAAAUGCUAUUUUUGACAACUUUGUUUGGGUGAAUGACUCAACUCUUUUGGUUUGUACCAUUCCAUUAUCUCGUGGAGAUCCACCAAAGAAGCCUUUGGUUCCAUCUGGACCUAAGGUUCAAUCUAAUGAACAGAAGAAUAUUAUUCAAGCUAGAACCUAUCAAGAUCUUCUCAAAGAUGAACACGACGAAGAUCUUUUUGAGUAUUAUGCCACUUCAGAGCUGGUUUUGGCUUCCUUAGAUGGGACGAUGAAGCCUGUUGGGCCACCAGCCAUUUAUACAUCAAUGGACCCCUCCCCAGAUGAGAAAUACAUUCUCAUCUCUUCAAUUCAUAGGCCCUUUUCUUUUAUUGUACCGUGCGGAAGAUUUCCUAAAAAGGUUGAAGUAUGGACGGCUGAUGGGAAAUUUGUUAGAGAGCUUUGUGACUUGCCCCUUGCUGAAGACAUUCCCAUUGCAAUUAAUAGUGUUCGAAAGGGGAUGCGCUCAAUCAAUUGGAGAGCUGAUAAGCCUUCAACACUCUACUGGGCUGAGACACAAGAUGGUGGUGAUGCCAAAGUUGAAGCCUCUCCACGUGAUAUAAUUUAUUCGCAGCCUGCUGAGCCACAUGAAAAUGAACAGCCAACAGUCUUGCAUAAACUUGAUCUUCGAUAUGGAGGGAUUUCGUGGUGUGAUGACACACUGGCAUUGGUCUAUGAAUCAUGGUACAAGACCAGGAGAAUUAAAACUUGGGUUAUAUCUCCUGAAUCCAAGGAUGUUAACCCAAGGAUACUGUUUGAUCGGUCAUCUGAAGAUGUUUAUUCUGAUCCCGGUUCUCCCAUGUUGAGGAGAACUCCAGCUGGGACUUAUGUGAUUGCAAAGAUGAAGAAGGAAGGUGAAGAAGGAACUUUUGUUUUAUUAAAUGGAAGUGGUGCUACCCCAGAAGGAAACAUCCCAUUUUUGGAUCUAUUUGACAUAAAUACAGGCAAUAAGGAAAGGAUAUGGCAGAGUGACAAGGAGAAAUACUAUGAGACAGUAGUUGCUUUGAUGUCUGAUCAGACCGAAGGGGAAUUGCCCGUUAAUCAAUUGAAAUUUCUAACUUCUAAAGAAUCUAAAACAGAAAACACUCAGUAUUACAUUCUGAGCUGGCCAGAGAAAAAAGCUUGCCAGAUCACUAAUUUUCCCCACCCAUAUCCUCAGCUGGCAUCGUUGCAGAAGGAGAUGAUCAGGUAUCAAAGGAAGGAUGGUGUUCAGCUCACUGCAACCCUUUAUCUUCCACCGGGUUAUGAUCCCUCUAAAGAUGGACCUCUUCCUUGUCUUGUCUGGUCAUACCCUGGAGAGUUUAAAAGCAAAGAUGCAGCUAGCCAAGUUCGUGGUUCCCCUAAUGAGUUUGCUGGCAUUGGGCCGACUUCUCCACUACUUUGGUUAGCAAGGAGGUUUGCCAUCUUAUCUGGACCAACAAUACCUAUCAUAGGAGAAGGCAAUGAAGAGGCAAAUGAUAGGUAUGUCGAACAACUUGUUGCAAGUGCAGAGGCUGCAGUCAAAGAAGUUGUUCGCCGUGGAGUGGCUGACCCAAACAAAAUUGCUGUUGGUGGUCAUUCUUAUGGAGCAUUUAUGACUGCAAAUCUCCUUGCACACGCUCCGCAUCUUUUCUCUUGUGGAAUUGCACGAUCUGGAGCUUAUAAUAGAACACUAACGCCUUUUGGGUUUCAGAACGAGGACAGAACACUGUGGGAGGCAACUAGUACUUAUGUCGAGAUGAGUCCAUUCAUGUCAGCUAAUAAAAUUAAGAAGCCUAUCCUGCUUAUCCAUGGAGAAGAGGACAACAAUCCGGGAACCUUGACGAUGCAGUCAGAUCGUUUCUUCAAUGCCCUAAAAGGUCACGGGGCACUUUGUCGCCUUGUAAUUCUACCAUUUGAGAGUCAUGGCUAUGCAGCACGCGAAAGCAUAAUGCAUGUUCUGUGGGAGACGGACCGGUGGAUGCAAAAACACUGCGUGCCAAAUACUUCAAAAGUUGAUACCGAUACCAAAGUAACAGAGGAUCCAGAAAGCAAAGCUGUUAGUGCAAGCGGAGCGGGCGUACAAGAACUGGAAAGUGACAGCAACGAUACAUUCCAUUCGUUAAGGAGGUCAUCGUUGUGAUGAGGUCUGGAGUUGUGAGGAAGCUUAGAAGUGGAUGAAUGGCAUCUGCAGCAUACAAUUCUUUAGCAACACUAUUGCCUAUAGAUACAGAGCUGCAUAAACAUUGUUUACACUCAAUAUCAUUUGCAAAUUCUUAGAUACUAUAUCAACAUUCUACUUCUAUAGUCUGCCAAAUAUAUAAACUUGAGCAUGCAAAGUGAACAUUCAUAACUUAUUAAAUGUUCUUAUAAACUGCUGUAUUGUUUUGCAACAUUGGAAAGUUAGGGGCACUGUAGUAACGCUUGUUAAUUUUAAUUUGGGUAAAAAUUAUGUUUGGUAUUUUAA